AUGACACCAGCCCUUUUUUCUGCCUGCGCGAGAGAACUGGGAAGGCGGCAAGGGAGAUCACGUGAUUGGAACCGAGCGGCAGAGGAGCCAGUGAUCCAUCGUUUCGCUCUGGUCAUUUGCGUUUGUUCUCCCACGACUCUUCGCAACAGUUCUUUUGCUGUCCGUUCAAUCCCUGGCACGCACUUCUCCGAUCCGUCUCUUGUCCUGCGCCGAGUCCUGCGGCUGUGCUCGGCAUUGGCCUGUGCACCAACAGCAUCCGCGCGUCUAAUCGCCCAAUCGACACUCUCCACCUCCAAGCAGCGGGACGCCGCAUCAGGUCUCAAGACACCCUUUGAACGGCCACCCCUAGACUCAACCUCCCUCGACAGCUCGUUUGGCCAACAGCCUUCUCUCAGGCAGAAUCUGAGAGAGUCUCACCCGCGCCCAAGUUGA